UGUCAACUGUACUGUCGACAGUCGUGAACUUUCCAGAAUUGCUGCAAGAGAAGAACGAAAGAUGUCACACUAGCGAAAAUUCUUUAUUUUCAAAUAAUACGACUUAAUAGCAGAUCAAACGGACCUUCGUUUACUGAUAGUACGACUCAAUAAUUAAUUGAGAAAAUCUUAUUUUUAAACAAUGCGACUGAAUGAGAGGUUAGGAGUUAAUCGUGAUUUUGAAUAAUUCAAGUCGACGACUCAGUUUAACGCGGACUUGCGCAUUAAGGAAGAAAGGUUUCGAAUAACGUUAUACACAAUGCAUAUCAAAUAGGUUACUCGUGCACCGAUAUACCUUAAAUAACGGUACGUUUCUUUGAAUAUUUUGCAUAUAAAAUUUGCGUCGUACAAAAUGAUUGGAAUGAGAAUGAAUGCAUUUAACGAUACUGGUCUCGGGGAACCCGAACAAGAUGCGAAUACGGCGCUUAUAGAGCUUGAUAAAGGCUUACGUUCUGCAAAAACUGGGGAACAAUGUGAGGCUAUAGUACGUUUUCCUAGACUAUUUGAGAAAUAUCCUUUUCCAAUAUUAAUAAACUCCUCCCUGUUGAAAUUGGCGGAAGUAUUUCGUACAGGAAGUAAUUUUCUACGAGUAUGGGUUCUGAGGGUAUGUCAGCAGAGUGAAAAGCAUCUAGAUAAGAUCUUAAAUGUAGACGAGUUUGUCAGACGUAUCUAUAGUGUUAUACACUCUAAUGAUCCAGUUGCCAGAGCUCUGACUCUGCGUACAUUGGGUAGUGUAGCUGGUAUUAUUCCUGAGAGACAACAGGUACAUCAUAGUAUAAGAAGAUCAUUAGAUUCCCAUGAUUCUGUUGAAGUGGAAGCUGCUAUAUAUGCUGCUCAAAUGUUUGCAGCACAAUCGAAAUUGUUCGCUGUGUCUAUGUGUAGUAAAAUUUCUGACAUGAUCAGAGGUCAGGUCACACCUGCCUCCAUGAAAUUACAGCUUAUACCCAUUUUGCAAUAUAUGCAUCACGAUACUUUCACAGCAUCAAUGGUAAAUGAAUUAUGUAUGGAGUUACUUGCGAGUUAUCCAGCAGCUGAUUUUGUCAAGGUUACUCUGAGUGCAUUAAGUACACUUGCUUCUGCGACACUAAUAGAUGUUCCACAGCAAGUUGAGCUAUUGUUACGCUAUUUACAAGAUGAUCCAAGGCUGUCAAUCAAGCGUCACGCUCUGCAUCUUCUACAUAGUUUAGCGAGAAGAGGAGCGCAUCUUUGGCCGCAGGGUGCUCUUAACAAUCUUAUUGAGAGUACUACGACACUCUUACAAGAUGGUACUAGAAAUACAGAUCUUCUUAUUCGUACUCUAGAUGUAAUUGAGGUACUUAGCCAGAAUGUUGUAACGUGUGACGCAAAUAUGGAUGAAAACAGUCCCUUGUUGCAAUUAUGCGUAAAUGCUUGUUACUCACCAGAUCCAUUUGUCGCAGUAAAAGCGGUUACUGUACUUACUCGUGUUGCUUGUUAUUGUUAUGAAGAAGGAUUGCCUGUUCAUGGCAUACAAGAUGUAAUUUCCUGCCUCGAAUCUCUGAUUGUAUUACUAGCUUUGGACGAAAAGCACUUGCAUCAACUGAAAGCGUGCUUACGUUCGACAGUAAAACUGUGUCAGUCACACCUUGAGCACUGCUCCGUGUUCGUAGACGCUAUCGGUUCUACUCUCAUCAAUGCCAGUUCGGAAAAUAACCAGAACGAGAAGCAAACGGUUGUCCUAUGUGAAGCUUUAGGUGCUAUUGGUAGCGUGGGACAAAAUGCACUGCUCCCACUUCUACCUGAUAUCUUGAUAAAACUCAAACAGACCUCGCACGUUCAUACCAAGGUAAUGCUGUGUACAUUACUGUUUCAAAUGAUGGCUGGAGGAUUCGAGUGGAAUAUAGAGUGCUUGGAGGCAGUCGACAACAUCGUGAAAAACGUGGACGACUGGGCCAAAUAUCGAAUCGCGCGUAGCGCCGCCAGAUAUGGCCAUCAUGCUAUCGCCACUGAAAUAUUCAAAAGUUUGAAGGAAGCUGUAGCGUCGGAGCAACUACACUUUUGGCUGUCUGGCUUAGAAUUAGUUACGAAAGCAGAGUGCUUCCUCACAGAGAAAGUCGAAGACCCACAAACUGUGAGUAAGAUGAAGAUCGUGGAGAGACUAAACGGAGCAAUAUCGCGCUACGCGAGCGCUUGCGCGUCUCUCAAAGCUGCCAGCACUCCGUUACGAAGUUUACAGUUUGCGAGCGAAUAUUCCAAAUUACGCUGCGAAUUCUUGCAGACGAUAGCACAGCUAUUACACUCGUGUAUAUCUUUGUGCACUGCGCCACCACCCGCUAUAGCUGUCACGGUUGUCGACGCCACAAAGGAUGAGCUUCAGAGAUACGGGCGUGUCACGUAUCAGUUGAGAAAGUCCGCGCAAGAUUUGAAAACUUGCGCAGAGAACUACCAGAAGUUAUACCAGUCAGCUUUCGACGCCGAUCCGGGAUCGUUGGCGAACAUCCGGGCGUUGCAAGAAAUAUGCCGAUUAAUGGCGAUUAGCGUGGAACGAGUUUGUGGCGGGCCUGGCGUAUCAGCUAUGUAUCUGCAGGAGGAUAAGAUCUUCAAUUUCGGCGAGACCGUGGAGAUGCGACAACUGGCUCGGUGUUGCGUCGAGUUAUGUCGUUUAUCGCCGAGCUUUACGAUGACCGAGGGUAAAGUCGGUGCAGUUAGUCACACGAGAAUUAACUGCUUGAUAUCGCAAACUACUCUGCUGGCCGGCGGAACGAUGCGAUUGCCAAUGCCACGUUACUAUUUCCAAGCCCUACAGGCAACUAGCGUGAAGCUGUCGGUAUCUCCUCAACCACGUGUCCUCGGCGAACCUGUGUCUGUUCCGCAGGGUAGUCAGUUGGCGCUCAAAGUCGAGGGAGUGUUGCGACAUGGCCGACGAGCGUCCCUCUUCCGUUCCGUCGCUGCCGUGUGCAUCUCCAUCUCGACCACGCCGCCCUCGAAGAUAAAUGUCGACCAAAAGGAUUCCAACAUGAACGAGCUGCAGCAAACGGUAAUACCUCACCGCGAUUUCUUCGCCUGUGAAUUCCUGCUUUCCUUGGGAUGUCCUGGAUCUAUGGCUGCAACGUACCAAGUCGGCUCGACAAGUGCUGGUGGUAGCAUCAGUGGUGGACAAUAUCAAAUCACAGCGAGUGCGAGCAUACUCGAUAAAGACGGCAAUGUGUGGAAAUGUGGCCCUCGCUCCACUCUUCCUGUUAGAGUGCAUGAGGAAACUGCGAAGAGGAAGUUACCUUGA